GGCUAUACUUGUGUCUUGACAGGUUCCAGACCUCUCUGGGUGCCAAGCAAGUGGACACAGCCUGUGGUACGGACACCUAACGACCAUAACCUGAGAAAGAAAAAAGACCAGAAUGAACAGGAUGACAUGGAAAUUGGCAUGGCUAAUCUGUUUGAGGGUACAAAUCCUGGGGGAAGUAGCAGUAGAUGGGCUAAUAACAAGGAUUUCACCAAGAUCUAACAUCUGGGUCAUGUUAGCCAAUAUUACAGGCCAGAGCAUCAUGUGUGUAAGUUUGGCCACCCCAGGGGAUCCAUUUCGUACAUGUCUAAUAGGAACCCCUGUGUGGAGACCAGAGGAGUUCUGGGGUUAUGUUGGAAAUAAGUCUGUAUUGAAUUUUACCAUAGCUAAUGCGACCCUGACAGCCCCAGGGCUAAACCCACAACAGCGGGAUGGAGAAUGGCAAGCAAAAAUUGUGGAGAACUUGAAUGUUACUCUGACGUCCCCUCCAGAAGAGCUAGACCUACUGGGGUGUCUUAAUGCCUCGUCUGUUGGGAAACAAGCUGGGUGGUUUAGUUUUGAGUCGCCCUCAGUACUAGACCUCAAUACUGACCGUAAGAACUGGGCAACCGUGGACUCCACCCUCCGUCCUGGGGAUGUUUACACGGCUCUUUACUCAAAGCUCAACCAGACCGGACAGCCGGCAUGGGGAAUCCCUAAAAGUCCGCACGGGGGACCGUGUUACCUGGGAAAAUUGGCUCUAUUUCAACCCAGUUUGAUAAAUCUUAUGCAGUGGUCAAUGAGUAACAUUGGUUAUAGAUCAAAGAGAGAAAACCAUGAAUUAGUGUGCAACAAUGAUGGAAAACCCAAGUUUUGGUCAACAACCCGUACAGUGUUCACUUCCCUCUUUAUCCCAGCGGCUACUGCAAGCAGAGCCAUGACCUCUUUGAAACAGUUAGCAUGUUGGGUUAGGGAUGAGCUAAACACCACUAGCCAAAUUUAAAUGAGCUAUCACAGGAUGUAGCUAGCGUUAAUCGUGCUGUGCUUCAGAAUCGAGCUGCUAUUGAUUUUUUGCUGCUUGCACAAGGGCAUGGAUGUGAAGAAUUCGAAGGAAUGUGCUGUAUGAAUUUGUCUGACCACUCUGAAUCCAUCCACAAGAAAUUAGCUGAGCUGAAAAAUAAUUUGCAUAACUUGAAAGAAUCAGAGGACCC